AUGGUUCGUAGUAUCAGAGAAAAAUUAAAAGACUCUGUUGUAACUUUAGCAAUUGGUGAUGGUGCGAACGAUAUUGCAAUGAUACAAGAAGCACAUGUGGGAAUAGGAAUAACUGGUCGAGAAGGUCUACAAGCUGCCAGGUCAAGCGAUUAUUCAAUUUCACAAUUCCGUUUCUUAGAAAAUCUUUUAUUCGUUCAUGGUCGAUGGUCUUAUGUUCGAGUAUCAAAGUUUGCACUAGGAACAUUAUAUAAAUGUAUGUGCUUUUACUUGACGCAAGGAAUAUUUCAAAUAUUUGCAGUAUUUUCUGGAACUAGUUUAUACGAAUCAUGGUCACUUGCCGCUUACAACACUUUAUUUACAUCAUUACCCGUAUUGGUUGUUGGAAUAUUUGAAAAAGAUUUAAAUUACGAUACAUUAAUGGCAAUUCCAAGACUUUAUAAAAAUGGGCAAGAAAAUAAAGAAUUUAAUAUAAAAUUAUUCUUUUCAUGGAUGUUUGGAGCAAUAUUUCACGCUAUAGCUCUAACUUCUGUACCAAUAUUAUUACAUGGAUAUUUUAUGGAUUAUGAAAUUAGAGUUAAUGGAUCCCCUCAAUUAUUUGAAUUGGGAAUGAUAAUAUACACAUGUGUUGUAUGUGUAGUAACAAUUCACAUCUCAUAUUUACAAUGUCAUAAUUGGACUUUUCUUUCUCAUUUUACCUCAUUUUUAAUGAUAUUUGGAUGGUUCACAUAUCAAAUUCUGUAUUCCUUUGCGUACCCAAUUGAGAGCAAAUCAGCCAUGUAUGAUGUUAGGGGCGUGUUUCAAAGAGUUGGAAAUAGAUUUAAUUUUUGGUGUGCGUUGCUUUUAUCCAUAUCAUUUGCCUUGCUUCCACAUUAUCUUCUUAAAACACUUAGGAAUAUGACGAAACCUACGGAAUUAGAGCUUUAUCAGGAAGCUGAGAAAGAUCAAAAAUACUUGGAAAAACUUAUAGAAUGUGAAAAUACCAGGGAUGAAAAUUCCAACGAAUACAAAAAUGAUGAAAAACAUGAUACAAAAUUCAUCGUUGGCCAAAUGCCUUUCCAAGAUGACCAAAAUUUUAAAUCAUCGGCUAAACGAAAUUCCUCACCUCUCGCACACUAUCAAAAUCCCCUAACACCAAUCGAAAUUAACGAAAAUACGGCACAGAUGAUUUGUUAUGAACAAAAAGGAUGUCGAAAAAUAUAA